AUGCUUCCAGGAGGAUUCAAAAAGGAUUCUCGCGUUUGGCUCCACAAGAAUGCUAACAUGUACCAGAAGAAAGCACUGACCACUGACUACUGCAACGUCCAUCUUAGCGAUGACGCUUACGACCACACACCUGAGGAUGCUUUUGUCAAUCCUUCGCCAUAUAUCACUGACGAACAUGGGCAGGUCUUCAAGAAGGAUAGUCGAACUUGGCUGCACAAGUCUUCAUAUAAAAAGCUGGCCAAAGCAAUGACAGCUGGAGUUCUGAAAGUGUCAUCCAUAGCAGGAAAACAUUGUAGCAAAAAACGUCAGAUCAGGGGAAAUAUGAAUGUGAACGGAGGAGAACUGGGAUCUGAGCUGAUUGGAACUCGCAGCAGCACUGAAAUGAUACGCAAACAGAAUGUACUCAAAGUGAAGAAGUCAAAAAUGGCCGGAGCCACGAUAGAUGGACGCCUGGUACAUCCCCUUGACAGUGUCAAGGAGAUGAGCACAAACGCACACGUGAAAACACCUGGCGGAUCCUAUCACAACAUGAAAUCUGUCAAAACAGGGAGCUGUGAGGUUUCUGCUUAUGCCUCGGACUUUUGUAUCGUUGGCAAGAGGAAAUCUUCCAUCACCAUCUCUUUCAGCAGUUCAUCUUCAUCCGACGACGUUGACAAUGUCGAUGAAAGCGGUCAUCGGAACAAAAUUCAACAGUGCGAACUGGGCUCCCCGGUUGAGUUCUGCUCUGACAACGGUGGGUAUGGGGUCGAGACCGGUUACAGCAGUAGUCAGCUGGAGAUCGCUAGAGAUGGACUUCGUCAGCUUGAGAAAGUAAUGAAAGAGCAAAGCCGCCACAGAUCUGAAAGACUGACACUCCGCCGUACCGACGACUCUGCUCACGCCGUGCCACACGAUGUUAGUCCAGACACGGUGUCUUCCGAGUCUAAAGUUAGUCUGGAUGCGUGUAUUAAUUUGUCAGACGAACUAGGGUGUGAGAACUCGCAAGAGUUUAACUUGACUGAUCAACUGGCCCAGUCGAUUGAGCAGCUACAGAUGCGUUCUCCGAAGAGACAGACUCCUCCUGAUCUCACCCGCCCCGCUGGAGACUCGUGA